GCCGGGCCGCGAGUACGCAGCGCAGGGGCACAGCCCGAGGCGGACACGGCGAGCCACCCGUCAGUCCCGCAGUCGGGCCGGCUCCUCCCGUUCGGCCACGGCUCCGCUGCGGGCCACCCAGGAUUAUUCGCUGCCGGCUCCAGGCGCCGUGAAGGCGCGCUGGGCGCCCGUGGCCGCUGCGCCAGCUCCUCCUCCUCCUCCUCCUCCUGCUGCUCCUGCUCCCCGGGCGAGCGCGCAGCCCGGAGCCCGCCCCCCGCUGCUCCCAUGCGCGCGGGUGGGUCAUGAGCACAGCGCCCUCGCUUUCUGCCCUAAGAAGCAGUAAGCACAGCGGCGGCGGCGGCGGCAGUGCGGACCCUGCCUGGACCAGCGCGCUCUCUGGAAAUAGCUCCGGCCCCGGCCCAGGCUCGUCCCCGGCCGGCAGCACCAAGCCUUUUGUGCACGCGGUGCCCCCCUCUGACCCUCUCCGCCAGGCUAACCGACUUCCCAUCAAGGUGCUGAAGAUGCUGACCGCACGGACUGGCCACAUUUUGCACCCCGAGUACCUACAGCCCCUGCCUUCCACUCCCGUCAGCCCCAUCGAGCUUGAUGCUAAGAAGAGCCCGCUGGCGCUGUUGGCGCAAACAUGUUCGCAGAUCGGGAAGCCCGACCCCUCGCCUUCUUCCAAACUCUCCUCCGUCGCUUCCAAUGGGGGCGGCGCGGGCGGUGCCGGCGGCGGCGCCGGGGGUGACAAGGACGGAAAGUCGGGGCCCCUCAAGCUGAGUGACAUCGGCGUGGAGGACAAAUCGAGUUUCAAGCCGUACUCCAAACCCGGCUCGGAUAAGAAGGAGCCGGGAGGCGGCGGCGGAGGAGGCGGUGGCGGCGGGGGUGGCGGCGGCGGCGGGGGGGUUUCAGCGGAGAAGUCUGGAUUCCGAGUACCGAGCGCCACCUGCCAGCCAUUCACGCCCAGGACAGGCAGCCCAAGCUCCAGCGCCUCGGCCUGCUCACCAGGAAGCAUGCUGCCUUCGGCCGGGGGCGGCCCGGAGGGCAAGGAUGACAAAAAGGACCCCGACGCGGGCGGCGGCGGCGGCGGCAGCAAGGGCUCCGGAGCCGCCUCGGCCGAAGGGGCACCCACGGGGCUGGCACACGGCCGGAUUAGCUGCGGCGGCGGGAUUAAUGUGGACGUGAACCAGCACCCAGAUGGGGGCCCCGGGGGCAAAGCUCUAGGCUCGGACUGUGGCGGCUCCUCGGGCUCCAGCUCGGGCUCGGGCCCCAGCGCACCCACCUCCUCCUCGGUGCUGGGCUCUGGGCUGGUGGCUCCAGUAUCGCCCUACAAACCAGGCCAGACAGUGUUCCCUCUGCCUCCCGCGGGCAUGACCUACCCAGGCAGCCUGGCUGGGGCCUACGCCGGCUACCCGCCCCAGUUCCUGCCCCAUGGCGUGGCGCUCGACCCCACCAAGCCGGGCAGCCUGGUGGGGGCGCAGCUGGCGGCGGCCGCGGCGGGCUCUCUGGGCUGCAGUAAGCCCGCUGGCUCGAGCCCCUUGGCCGGGGCGUCACCGCCUUCCGUGAUGACAGCCAGCUUGUGCCGGGACCCGUACUGCCUCAGCUACCACUGCGCCAGCCACCUGGCGGGGGCUGCGGCAGCCAGCGCGUCGUGCGCCCACGAUCCGGCCGCUGCCGCUGCGGCACUCAAGUCCGGAUACCCGCUGGUGUACCCCACGCACCCGCUGCACGGCGUGCACUCGUCGCUAACGGCUGCGGCGGCUGCGGGCGCCACACCACCCUCCCUGGCCGGCCACCCCCUCUACCCCUACGGCUUCAUGCUGCCUAACGACCCACUCCCCCACAUCUGCAACUGGGUGUCGGCUAACGGGCCGUGCGACAAGCGCUUCGCCACGUCCGAAGAGCUGCUGAGCCACUUGCGGACCCAUACGGCCUUUCCCGGGACAGACAAACUGUUGUCGGGCUACCCCAGCUCGUCGUCUCUGGCCAGCGCCGCAGCGGCCGCUAUGGCUUGCCACAUGCACAUCCCCACGUCGGGCGCUCCGGGAAGCCCCGGGACGCUGGCGCUGCGCAGCCCCCACCACGCGCUGGGACUCAGCAGCCGCUACCACCCCUACUCCAAGAGCCCGCUCCCCACGCCCGGCGCUCCGGUGCCGGUGCCUGCAGCCACCGGACCCUACUACUCCCCCUACGCCCUCUACGGACAGAGACUGACCACCGCCUCGGCGCUGGGGUAUCAGUGAGGGAGGGUCGAGAGG